AUUUAUCCUAUAUAUAUAUAUAUAUAUAUAUGGUGAGAAAGACGAGUUUUUGAUUGGUUUAUCUCUAGCUACUGCACUUCUGCACUAUUGGGGUCCCAGAUUUGCUUGAUUUUGGAGACGGAAAGCUGUCAAUAUAUUUUCUUGUAAAAAGAUGAGAGGAGGGGGUCUGUGGCAACUUGGGCAAUCAAUUACCCGCAGGCUUGCUCAGGCUGAUAAGAAGGCUGUAGCUCGUCGAUGCUUUGCCUCAGAAGCCGAGCUCAAGAAGACAGUUCUCUAUGACUUUCAUAUUGCCAACGGUGGGAAGAUGGUUCCAUUUGCAGGAUGGAGCAUGCCUAUUCAGUACAAGGACUCGAUUAUGGACUCUACGGUGAAUUGUCGGGAGAAUGGUAGCCUCUUUGAUGUCUCCCAUAUGUGUGGGCUAAGCCUCAAGGGAAAGGACUGCAUUCCUUUUCUGGAAAAGCUUGUCAUUGCUGAUGUUGCUGGGCUUGCCCCUGGGACUGGGACUUUAACCGUCUUUACAAAUGAGAAAGGAGGGGCAAUUGAUGAUUCUGUGAUCACCAAGGUGAAGGAUGACCACAUCUACCUGGUUGUGAAUGCCGGGUGUAGGGAUAAGGACUUGGCCCACAUUGAGGAGCAUAUGAAGGCUUACAAGUCCAAAGGCGGGGACGUCUCAUGGCAUAUCCAUGAUGAGAGGUCUCUUCUAGCUCUCCAGGGUCCCCUUGCUGCCCCAGUUCUUCAACACCUGACAAAAGAGGAUUUAAGCAAGUUAUUUUUUGGGGAGUUCCAAAUCUUGGAUAUCAACGGAGCAACCUGCUUUCUCACUAGGACAGGGUACACAGGUGAAGAUGGAUUUGAAAUUUCAGUUCCUUCCGAGAAUGCACUAGAUCUUGCCAAAGCAAUCUUGGAGAAAUCUGAAGGGAAGGUAAGGUUAACAGGGCUGGGUGCACGAGACAGUCUCCGCCUUGAAGCGGGGCUGUGCUUAUAUGGUAAUGACAUGGAACAGCAUGUAACCCCAGUCGAGGCAGGACUCACAUGGGCCAUAGGGAAGAGAAGAAGGGCAGAAGGCGGCUUUCUGGGUGCUGAGGUGAUACUCAAACAACUUGAAGAGGGCCCUUCGGUCAGGCGUGCCGGCUUCUUCUCUUCAGGCCCCCCUGCUAGAAGCCACAGCGAAAUUCAGGAUGACAAAGGAAACAACAUCGGCGAAAUCACCAGUGGAGGAUUCAGCCCCUGCCUGAAGAAGAACAUAGCAAUGGGGUACGUCAAAUCUGGAUCCCACAAGGCCGGCACCAAAGUUAAGAUUCUGAUUCGAGGGAAGCCCUAUGAUGGGGUUGUCACAAAGAUGCCAUUCGUGCCAACAAAAUACUACAAGCCAUCCUAAUUCAUGUCUUGUUCUCCAGCUUUGGGAAUUUUUCUAAUUGGUUCCUCCUCCUCCUUUGACAUACUGAUGUCCCUUCUGUAUUGCAAUAAUUUCAAGACGAAAUGAAAAUUUAUAUAUCUGUCUCUUUCAUACCAUCUAUUUCGUAAGGAGCCUUUGCCAUUACAA